AUGCAGCGAUGUCCAUUGAAUCUGCUUAGGCUUCCCAGCAUUAUCAGAUCACAAUAUGCAUCUCACUUUCUCCCUCUCUUCCUGCCUCGAACCUUUACCACAUCGGUGACACGAUAUGCUAUCGCUAAGAAAUUCGUCGGUGACCUGGAACGGCGCAUCCUAGCUAUACCUAUUGAACGUUUCCGCAAUUUCUGCAUUGUGGCACAUGUAGAUCAUGGAAAAAGUACAUUGAGCGAUCGCUUACUCGAAUUGACGGGUACCAUCGAGCCUGGUGGCGAUAAGCAGAUCCUGGAUAAGCUGGAAGUGGAACGAUUACGAGGGAUUACAGUGAAGGCACAAACAUGCAGUAUGUUAUGGAACCAUAAGGGGGAAGACUAUCUGCUUCAUUUGGUAGACACACCGGGGCAUGUGGACUUUCGAGCUGAGGUAUCGAGAUCUUAUGCCAGUUGUGGAGGAGCUCUAUUAUUAGUCGAUGCAAGUCAAGGAGUACAGGCUCAAACGGUUGCGAACUUCUAUUUGGCAUUCUCACAGGGGUUGACGUUGGUACCGGUGGUUAAUAAGAUAGAUCUACCAACUGCGGACGCACCGAGGGCAUUGGAGCAGAUGGAAAGUGCGUUUGAAUUGGCACCCGAGAACGCGGUUUUGGUCAGCGCAAAGACGGGAUUGAAUGUUGAAGCUUUACUUCCGAAUAUCAUCAGGCAAAUCCCAGAACCUGUUGGUGACUAUACCAAGCCGCUGAGAUUAUUGUUGGUAGAUUCAUGGUAUGAUAAUUACAAAGGUGUCAUCUUACUGGUUAGGAUUUUCGAUGGGACGAUCAAGGCUGGAGACCACGUCGUGAGUUUUGCAUCGGGAAUAAAGUAUUUUGUUGGUGAGGUGGGUAUCAUGUAUCCAGAUCAGACUCCACAAACUAUUCUGAGGGCUGGCCAAGUCGGAUACAUCUACUUCAACCCUGGUAUGAAGAAAAGCCAGGAAGCUUUGAGUGGUGAUACAUAUACAACUGUUGGUUCGGAACAUCUUGUAGAAGCAUAUCCUGGAUUCGAAGAGCCAAAGUCUAUGGUUUUCGUGGCGGCUUUUCCAGUCGACCAAAACGACUAUCAUCAUUUGGAAGACUCUAUCAACCAAAUUGUACUUAACGACAGGAGUGUAACUCUACAGAAAGAAUCUUCCGAGGCACUUGGUGCAGGAUGGCGUAUGGGAUUCCUUGGUUCUCUACAUUGCUCUGUAUUUGAAGAUCGUCUCCGUCAAGAGCACGGCGCAAGCAUCAUCAUCACCCCACCCUCAGUGCCCUUCAAAGUUAUUUGGCGGGAUGGCACCGAGACAAUCAUACAAAAUCCUGCUCUCUUUCCCGAACAAGAAACCACUCAUCAACGUGUCCAAGAACUUCAAGAGCCUUAUGUCUCUGCGACCAUUACCCUCCCCGAAGAAUAUCUUGGCAAGGUAAUAGAACUUUGCGAAUCAAAUCGUGGUGAGCAGGUCGACCUCACGUUCUUUAGCGCCACCCAAGUUAUUCUCAAAUACGAUAUCCCACUCGCUCAGCUCGUCGAUGAUUUUUUCGGAAGACUCAAGGGUGCAACUAAGGGAUACGCAAGUCUCGACUAUGAAGAUGCCGGCUUUCGCACAAGCAGCAUCGUCAAACUACAACUUCUCGUCAAUAAGGGGCCAGUCGAUGCCGUUGCAAGAGUAGUACAUACAAGUCAGACGGAAAAGAUCGGUAGACAAUGGGUAACGAAAUUCAAGGAGCACGUUGAUAGACAGAUGUUUGAGGUCAUUAUUCAAGCACAAGCAGGGAGGAGAAUCGUGGCGAGAGAAACUAUUAAACCGUUUAGAAAAGAUGUGCUGCAAAAGUUGCAUGCCAGUGAUAUUGGUAGAAGGAGAAAGUUGUUGGAUAGACAGAAGGUGGGGAGGAAGAAGUUGAAGGCCGUGGGGAAUAUUGCGAUUGACCAUGAGGCUUUCCAGAAGUUUUUGGCGAAGUAG